GGCGUAGCUCAUGGGUUUCUUUAACAAUUCAGCUCCCCGCCAUGGGAUCGAACCAUGUGUUCAGUGUUUUCAUCCCAGCUAAAUUACAUUAAACCAGCACGAAUCGGCUUUCAAAAAAGAUAACACAUACUUAUACGAAAGAAGUUGUUUAAUUCAGGCCUUAACAAGUUUGAGCAUUCCACAUUAUGAGGUUCAACAUAAGAAAGACGCUUACAGAAAAUGAUUCUGUGCGCAUGCGCAGAAAGCUAAACGAUCCGGUUGCUGCUGUUGUGUACAAGAGAGGACACAAGAAAAGUAAACGUACAGGUUUGAUCAGGCAUCAGUGAGUGAAGGCACAUUUUACCAGUUACAUACUGACUGUGGAUAUGAAAGGACAACAGAAAAGUCCUGAUAUCAAUGUUCCAGUCAUUGAAGAAGGGGCAGUUGCUACUGCAGAGGACCCAUCAGCAAUCACAACUAUUCAGUCUGCUUCUACUUUCUCCUCAGAGCAGCCGAUUAAAUAUCUCUUCAAGACGGAGGGAGCUGGGGGGCAGGUAGGGGAGCUGUACCCUCCCUCAGGGCAGGUUACAUAUCGAGUAAUCCAAGUCGCAGAUGGGCAGCUGGAAGCUCAAACUGAUGGUGCAACUGCUGUUAGUGUAGUGACAGGGUUUCCUGCUACAACACAGCCUGUGACACAGGCAGUUUUUUCUCAGUCUGAAGGCUUGGAGGGUGAUGGCACAGAAACCCAUUACACAUAUUACCCUGCUACUAUCUCAGACGCAGCGGCUGGAACCAUGGUGACCAGUGUUCAAGCCUCAGAUGCUCUGCUUAGUCAAAGUGCUCCUGCAGGUCAGUUGUAUGUUAUGAUGUCCCCGCAGGAGGUCCUUACUGGAACCAACCAGAGGUCUAUUGCACCUCGUACACAACCUUACAAUGCUAAGACAGAGGGGCCAAGGACUUCAAGAGAUGACAAAAGGCGAGCUCAGCACAAUGAAGUUGAGCGAAGACGUAGAGACAAAAUUAACAACUGGAUUGUUCAGCUCUCCAAAACAAUUCCAGACUGCACCAUAGAUUCCACUAAAACUGGACAGAGUAAGGGUGGGAUCCUAUCAAAGGCCUGCGAUUACAUUCAGGAGCUGAGACAAAGUAACAGCCGGUUAGGAGAUGAACUGAACAGCCUUGACAGGUUGAAGAUGGAUAACCAGCUGUUACGGCAAGAGAUGGAAGAUUGGAAAUCUAAGAAUCAGAUUUUGAGGAGCCAGCUCCGGCAGCAUGGCAUUGUUGCAGCAGCGAGUGCAGAUCCCCAGUGAAGAGUUCAAAGGAUGUAGGAGUUUUGGAAAUUUAGAUCGAAAAACAUUCAGUGCAGGAGAUUCAAUUUUCUGACGUUUUUAAACAAACUUGAACAAUGCAGGACUUAAUGCAGUAUUCAGCAUACCGGUGAUGAUUCUCCAUUGGGAUCUUGCCUUAUGUACAUACUUUCUUUUUCUUUUUUUGUGUACCCCAUACUUUCUUGUAAUUUAGCAUUCAUUUUUUAUGUACCAGGACAGGUCAGAUAAAUUUUGUUUAUUUUGUACUGUUACUUCUAAACUUUGUGGAAAUGAUUAAUGUUAAAUAUUUGUGUUAUGAAUGCAUUUUCAUACAUUUGAUACUUUUCAGGUUCAGGUUUUUCAACUUAAUUUGUCUGAAUAAUGAGCAUGUCAAAUAACUGCCUGUUAAUUGGCAAUUCACAACAUGAUCGUAGUAGAUUUCAUUAUGCAGAGUACUGAAAUAAAUACAUUACCCCACUA